AGAGACAUAUCUGUCCAAUCACGACUGUCCUAGACGAAAUAACUUCCUGGUCCAGGUCCCAUGCUUGUUUUGUGCUGUCUGGAGUUCUGCACGCAUUUUCGCACUUCAAUACUAACUCAUGGCAAAAGACAAAUCCUUGAAACCAGAAACCGUUCCAUCCAAACGGAAGAAGCUGAGUGAAGAUGCUGUUGAUGUUCAUGAGAAAGAAAUGGAGCAAACUAAAGUGAAAAAGAAAAAGAAAACCCCUAAAGUAGAGGAGGCUCCAGUAGAGAUUCCCCAUGUGACCGUCACAGCAGACAAUGAAACACAGACAAAGAUAAAGGAAAAGAAAAGAAAAAAGAAACAAAAAGCAGAGGAGACAGAGAUUUCAGAAGCGCCCGGCCUGCCAAAAGGGGCGCCUGACGUGGAGGGAGAGGAGGACCUGAGCCCCGAGGAGAGGAGGGUCCUGGAGAGGAAGAUGAAGAAGAUCCUGAAGAAGGAGGGGAAGAAGAGGCUGAAAGACGAGGGAGUGACCCCGGAGAAAACCGAAGCGCCUGCACCCACUGCGCCUCAGCAUGCCUUGGACUAUCUCACAUGCUGGGCAGAAAAUCGCACCGAGUGGAAGUUCCAGAAGACCAGACAGACGUGGUUACUGCAGCACAUGUUCGACUCUGAGAAGGUUCCAGAUGAGAAGUUCUCCCUGCUGCUCCAGUACCUGGAGGGUCUGCGUGGAGGAUCCAGAGACACCACAGCUCAGAAGGCCUUAGCUCUUAUUGAAAUGUCGGGACAAGAAGCAGAGGACAGCGCUGUCCAGCAGAGGGCGCACCGGGCCAGAGAAGUUAUCCAGCUGCUCACCUGAACGCACCACACAGAGUCCACCAGAAAAAGACUGAAAUAUGUUGAUCAGUAGACUGAUAGUUCCCUGAUCUUAUACUUGGACUAUAAGUUAUUUUAUAUGUAGUAUUUUGUAUUGGUGCUUUGAGAAAGAGGUGUUCUAUUGAAUUAUCAUCAAUGCUCGUUUAUUUUUUAUAUUAAUGUCAUGAUGACUUUCUCUUCUCAUUGUUCUCAUACUUACAUUUACAUUCUUGCUUGUUCGUGGUCCAUCACCAAAUCUUUACUAUAAAAUAUGAAAUGUUACACUUAAUGUUUGUUACACAGAUGAUUUUUCAGUAGUUUUAAAUAAACGCUCAGAGUCCAGUGUCACCGUCAUCGACAGAGGUGGAGAAAUUCAAAUUCCCAAAGAUAUUCAAGAAAGAUGAGAGGCUCCUGGCGUUAAAAGUCACAGGAAGGCUUCUCCUCGAGACAUGUUAGUGCACGUCAAACCCUAUAACCUGAAGUCACUGUUGGGAAUGACCUCAUCCACUCAAGAUAUAAACAGAAUUAAAA